AUGAACCAUGUGAUUUGGGAUGCCAUUAUCGAAGGUUAUCUCGUGCCUCCAAGAAAUCGAAAGGAGUGGACAAGUGAAGAUAGGAAGCUUGCCCAACUCCAUGCUAAAGCCAUGCACAUUCUCUGUUAUGCUCUUGGUCCAUACGAGUAUAGUAGAGUAUCUUUAGACUCUAAUGCAAAGGAGAUUUGGGACAAAUUAGAGGUGACCCACGAAGGAACAAGCCAAGUGAAGAAGUCCAAGAUUGACAUUGUCACCCUCAACUACGAAAACAUCAAGAUGAAGCUCGAUGAAGACAUCAAGACUAUUUCUGAUUAG